CGUGAACGUCCGGGCCCUGUGCCCCGUGGCGUGCGGCUGCGACAGGGGCCCUUCUGGGAUGACCGGGGCAUUCGGCUCGGUGAGCUACGGCUGCCCACAGCAGUGCCACGAUAUGUACGCGCUGCGCGACCAGCUGUCGUAUUUGUCAAGCGCUUCUUCGAAUGCAUCGGAUGCGUCACCUGUAGCAGGACAAACAGCAUCACCCACAGCGGUACCUACAGCGGCACCGACAGGAGCACCAGGGGCACCCACAGCGUUACCGACAGCAGCACCCACAGCCGCACCUACAGCAGCACCCACAGCGGUACCUACAGCGGCACCGACAGCAGCACCAGGGACACCCACAGCGUUACCCACACCAGCUCCCACAGCGCCGUCCCGCAGAUUACAGGUCCUUCCAACGAGCUCCUGCGAGGAUGCCAGCGACGACGAUUUGAUUAGUGAUUCGUUCGCUUCGAUAUCUUGCUUGACUAACUUCACUGCGUGCUUGCAAUUGUCUGGGAUUGCUCAGUGGUACGCAAUUUAUGCACAAGGCGUCUCUUCAAACACAGAGUCCUCGUGGGGAGCCAGGACGCGGUUGCAAGUAAAAGCAGCGGCGAUGCAAACCAUGGGCUUGCUGCCGGCCGGAAAUCAUACCGUCGCGGAGUUCACGGAGUCUUUCUUGGCCGGCGGUCUGUCCGCAUCUUUGGUGAAUGGCACAUGGAGUUUCGCCCACCCGGACAUUCCGCACCCGCGCGGCCUCACGGGUUGCAGCUACCUCGCGUCCUACGAGGUGUCCGCCCUCGUGGGCGUCGACCUCUGCAGUCCGGGCAGCCUCACGUCCGUCCGCGCCAUCUGCCCAGCAUCUUGCCGCUGCGCAGCGGGCAUGGCGGAGUGCCCCGCUGCGUGCGCGCUCGCGAGCGGGGCGCAGAACGACGUGAACACAACGACAGCAACGCCGUCGGCGGCUUCUACGCCGGCGCCAACCGAAGCUCCCACGACGGCACCAACGGCCUUGCCGACGGCGGCACCGACAGCAGCACCGGGUGCUUCCACCGCGUCACCGACAGCAGCACCCACAGCCGCACCUACAGCGGCACCCACAGCAGCACCGGGUGCUUCCACCGCGUCACCGACAGCAGCACCCACAGCCGCACCUACAGCGGCACCCACAGCAGCACCGGGUGCUUCCACCGCGUCACCGACAGCAGCACCCACAGCCGCACCUACAGCGGCACCCACAGCGGCACCCACAGCG